ACUGAUCACUGAACACGUGACGCGGCACACGCAGUACGCACAUGUCGAGAGUUGUGUGUCUGCUUGGUUAUGGUUCUCUUUAAAUUUAUGUUUCUUUAGCUUCGUUUAUGAAUUGAUCGAAAAUGCGCUGGAAACUCCCGAAAACGGCCAUCUACGCUUCCAUGGUGGCUACCACCGGCGGCGUGGCGUAUCUGACAAAGGAUUAUUUGGGAGGCACGAAAUACGAAGGGAAAGAGGAUCUAACGGACAAGAUAGUCAUUGUGACAGGAGCCAAUUCCGGUAUCGGGGAGGCGACGACUCUAGAGUUAGCCAAGCGUAAUGCAAGAAUUAUUAUGGCAUGCAGGGACAUGGAAAAAUGUGAAAUGGUACGCCGAAAUAUCGUACUCGACACAAAGAAUAAAUAUGUUUACUGCAGGAAGUGUGACUUAGCGUCGCAAGAAAGUGUUAGGAAAUUUGUUACACAAUUUAAAAAAGAAUUUGAUAAUCUUCACAUACUUAUUAAUAACGCCGGUGUGAUGAGAUGCCCAAAGAGUUACACCGAAGAAGGCAUCGAGAUGCAGCUUGGAGUCAAUCACAUGGGACACUUCCUGCUCACGAACUUGCUUCUGGACGUCUUGAAAGCGUCCGCACCAGCGAGAAUUGUGAAUCUGUCGAGCGCCGCUCAUCGUAGGAGCAAAAUAAAUAUGAAGGAUCUAAAUUCGGAGAAUGAUUACGACGCUGGUAGAGCGUACGCUCAAAGCAAAUUAGCUAUAAUAAUUUUCACGCGGGAAUUGGCGAGCAGAUUGAAGGGAACCAAUGUUACCGUGAACGCCGUCCAUCCCGGUAUAGUAGAUACAAAUAUAACGCGGCACAUGUCUGUGUACACUAACUUCUUUACACGAAUAUUCCUGAAGCCAUUCGCCUGGCCAUUUAUUAAAGCACCUCGGCACGGAGCUCAGACUGUUUUGUACGCGGCAUUAGAUCCUAGUCUUGCAAACGUUUCCGGAUGUUAUUUCCAGAAUUGCGAAACCAAGGAAGUAUCGGAGGAAGCGAAGAGUGAUGAUAUGGCGAAGUGGUUGUGGAAAGUCAGUGAAAAGUGGACAAAAUUAAAUGUUGCAUAAAUAAAUGUGCGAUAGAAGUGUACAAUUGCUAGUAACAUGUUAAUUGUUUCUGAAAUAUGAUAUGAAUUUUUAAUAAUUAUGUUGUAGGAAAAGUUUUUAUUAAAGAUUCGCCAUUUGCGUA